AUGGAGAAGAAGGAGCCAGCGGCGGCGAAGCCGAAGCGCGAAUCCCAUGGAACUACGCCGAUGCGGGCACAGAGUUGCGGCCGCGACGACACCGACGUCGAUCUCAUCAGCCGUCUCGCCGAUGACACCCUAGGCACCAUCAUCUCCCUCCUCCCCACCAAGGACGGCGGCCGCACGCAAGCCCUCUCCCGCCGAUGGCGCCACCUGUGGCGCUCAUCGCCCCUCAACCUCGAGGUCCACACCCGGCCCCAAGACUUCCAGCGCUCCGCCGUGGCCCCCUCCGCCGUCUCCAAGAUAAUCUCCCAGCACCCUGGCCCCGCCCGGCGACUCUCCCUCACCAGCCUCCGCGCCGGCGACCUCUCGGAACGCUGGUUCCGCUCCCGAGCCCUCGCCAACCUGCAGGAGCUCAACAUCGCCUACGAGCACCAAGGCUCCGCCUCCGCGCCAACCGGGAAGAUCGGCCAUCCGCUGCCGCUCUCCGCGCUCCGCUCCGCCUCCACCCUCCUCGCUCUCAAGGUCAGCAACUGCGAUUUCCCCGACGAGAACGCGCCGCCCAUGACGAGUUUCCCUCUCCUCACGCGGCUCUCCUUGCACCACGUUUCCAUCCCCGGGGAUGUCUUCCACGGAUUGCUCUCCGGCUGCCUAGCCUUGGAGAGCUUAACCAUCUCGGAAGUUCGCUCUGCCGGUGCCCUUCGUGUUUGCGCGCCGGCUCUUAGGAGCAUUGGCCUCCAACUUAGUUCUGUUAGAACGAUGACAGAACUGGUCAUCGAGGAUGCUCCUUGCCUUCAAAGGUUACUGUUACCUUAUUGUCGCGUAGAUGAUUGCUUAACUAUCCGGGUGAUUGAGGCACCUAAACUGGAGAUAUUGGGCAUGUUCUCAGCGGACUCCUCCAAUUUGCAGGUCUUCAAGGGAUUGAGCCCAGCCAGCUCCACAAACUCGAUACGCACCAUCAAGUGUUUGGCCCUCCGGUGCUCUAACCAACGACUGAAUGCAAUUCUUGACGUCCUCAGGUGGCUCCCCUGUUUGGAGAAGCUCUAUGUCUCUUUUCUUGACUUCCACCUGCGGCAGACUGAUAAGCAUGAGUAUGACCCACUGCAUCCAAUCGAGUGCCUUCAGACCAAUCUGAAAAAAGUGGUGUUGAAGUUGUACUCUGGCUAUGAGCAGCAAGUUGACUUCGCCAGGUUCUUUGUGUUGAACGCGCAAGUGGAAAGCAGAGCUUCUCCAGAUGCUCAGUUUGAAUUCAGGGCUACUUGUUUUUAUAUAGAUUACCAUCUCAGCAAGCAUAUCCAUGACUUGUCAGCGAGCGACCCCUUCAGACAGCCAUAG